AUGUCGUUCCGGCAGGCGCUGGGACGGGGCACGUACGGCAAGGUCAAGGCGGCGCGCGAGCGCUCCGGGAGGCUGGUUGCUAUCAAAUCGAUCCGGAAAGACAAAAUUAAGGAUGAGCAGGAUCUUGUCCACAUCCGGAGGGAGAUCGAGAUCAUGUCCUCCCUUAAUCACCCCCACAUCAUUGCUAUCCAUGAAGUGUUUGAAAACAACAACAAGAUCGUCAUUGUGAUGGAGUAUGCCAGCAAAGGAGACCUGUACGACUACAUCAGCGAGCGGCAGAGGCUGACGGAGCAGGAGGCACGGCACUUCUUCAGGCAGGUUGUGUCUGCCAUCUACUACUGUCACAAGAAUGGGAUUGUUCAUAGAGACCUGAAGCUGGAAAACAUCCUUCUUGAUGCCAAUGGCAACAUCAAGAUAGCAGACUUUGGUCUGUCUAAUGUCUACCAGCAAGACAAAUUCCUGCAGACCUUCUGUGGCAGCCCUCUGUAUGCAUCCCCUGAAAUCGUCAAUGGGCGGCCGUAUAAAGGACCGGAGGUUGACAGCUGGUCCCUUGGCGUUCUCCUCUACAUCUUGGUCCAUGGAACGAUGCCUUUUGAUGGACAAGACUACAAGACCCUGGUCAAGCAGAUCACCAGUGGGGACUACAGAGAGCCCACCAAGCUAUCGGAUGCCAGCGGCCUGAUCCGAUGGAUGCUAAUGGUGAACCCAGAGCGCAGAGCCACCAUUGAGGACAUUGCUAGCCACUGGUGGGUGAACUGGGGCUACAAGGUGCCCAUCGGGGAGCAGGAGUCGAUGCGGGAGAACGAGUCCCCGCUGGCCACGGUGGCAGACUGGCUCCGGCGCUCCUCCCGGCCUUUGCUCGAGAACAGCUCCAAGGUGCGCUCCUUCUUCAAGCAGCACAUCCCUGGCGUCACACUGGAGAGGCAGCGCUCGCUCAAGAAGUCCAAGAAGGAGAACGACGUCUCCCAUGCGCUGCAGGAGGUAGCUGCAGUCCCCGACAACCCCUCCAAGUCCAUCCUGAAGAGGCCGAAGGGGAUCCUGAAGAAAAGGGGUGUCUGUGAACAGAAAGCCCAGGCCCCAAUCCCUCAACCAGUGGCUGAUGCAAGGAGUGAAGAAGGCGAGAUGCAGACUGCAGACCUGGUUCAUAUCCUGUCCUCCAGGACACUUGCCUGCAGAGUGGACGGUGGUACACCUGCACCGGUGCCCAAGAAGGGAAUCCUCAAGAAAUCCCAGAAACGUGAAUCUGGGUAUUACUCUUCCCCAGAGCACUGUGAAUCGGAGGAGGUCCUGGACUCGGAGGCCUUGGACCUCAAUGCUGAUGUCUUCAGCAGUCCCUCUCCUGGCCGUAACCCCGAGGGCCUGCCCCUGCGGAGGAAGGGUAUCCUAAAGCACAAUGGGAAAUACUCUUCCUGUGGCACAGAGCCAGACAGCCGCCUUAUCAAGGCCUUUGGGUCCUUUAGUGAGGCACCUCUUCCCAAGCUCCCGCUGGGGUCCCGAGCCCACCCAUCCAGCGCCGUGAGUGAGGACAGCAUCCUCUCCACGGAGUCCUUUGACCAACUGGACCUGCCUGACAGGAUGCCGGACAGUGGCAGCAGCAUGCGUGGCUGCGUCUCUGUGGACAACCUCCUCCGGCUGGAGGAGACGGCGGAGGAGUCGGGGCACAGGCUACGCCGCUGGACGGUGACGCACUGCCAGAGCCCCCUCGGGGAAAGCUGCUUCUCCUUGGCGGACUGUGAGAACGUCACCGAGGUCUACAAGCGGGCUGUGGGCAUCAGCAUGAAGCUCAGCUGAGCACCCCCCCCCUGCAUCCUCCCUGCGAGCUCUGAGCCUGACUCUUGCCAUAGAUUCCCCUCCAUGGGAAUGUGACUUUUUUUUUUUUCCCUCUGUGGAGGAGGUGACUGUCUUGUUCCUCUCUGAGUAGGGGGGUGCGGGUUGGAAGUGCUGCUGUGACACCCUCAAAGUAUUUAUUUGCAUCCUUGUGCUCCGCCUCAGUGAAAGGUGCAUUGGAAGACGGCUUGGCAAAGAGCCUGGCAGCUCCCUGCGGUGUGACAGGGUACGGACAGACAUGGGUUUUGGAGGAAAUGCUUCUUGCUUGCAGGAGAGGGGAUGUAGAGUAACAAGGCAAGUGCAAUGAGCAGUAGGGAGUUGGAGCAAGUGCCCAUCUCCAGCUGUAGAUGACAUGAAUUGGGGAGGGCUGAAAUUUUCAGAGGGGGAAACUAGACUGCUGUUGCAGCGAGGCAUCAAGGGAGUGGCAUAUUUGCCCAGAGAGAGCUGGGCAGAGCGGUACAGGAAAGGGUUAACUGGUACACCCUUGGCUCUGGCAACUCUCCUGGACUCUUCCCCUCUCCACAACUUAGACUUCAUGUCAAGGAAGGCAUGGGGGUGGCUUGAGACUCUAGUAUUGCACUGUCCAAGUGAUGGGCUGGAGCAAGAGCAGCAUUUCCCACUGGGAGGAGUGGUGGCAGGGGAGGAAUCCGUGGGGAGCAGUCUCAACUGGACACUAUGGUGUGCCUGGGCCUAGACCGAGACCUGGGUGUGGGUGAAGUCUCUCUCGACCUGAGCCCAACAUAUCUCUCCCUUCCCUGUUUUGAGAGAUGCCUGAACUGGAAUAAUGCACAUCUUUGCAUUCAUCUCAGAGUUGGGCAGCUGUAACAUUACCAUCUCCCACCCGGGCAGGGAGCUGUGACAGGUGAGAAAAUCUUGUCAUAGGCUGAAGGCUGCAGCCUCCCAGCUCUUCGAGGUAUUAUAGACUGGUCUGGCAGUGGCUCAGACCUCUAUACAAGUGUGAAACCACUGCUGCUUGCCAUGGGACCGGUUUCUCUUCCUCCCUGCCUCUCCAGGGCCUUUUCGGAGGCAGCACCAGCUGCUGGACAGUGUCUCUGCCUGGAGCGGCCAAGGUGCUGAUUUGCAGACUUGAUGGAGUUAUGUACCCAACUCCUCCGUAAGCUCCCUCUGAGCACUUCUGCCAAGCCCAGCCCUGUCUCUGAUGGAGCCUAUCAUCUGGGCACCUCAGACAAACGGGCAUUUAUU